GUUCAUGGUGAAGGUCGAGUAUAUAUAUAUAAUUACAUGUGCUUUGUUUAUCUUUCUAGCUGUGUCAGCAGAAGUGAUAUUUUAUGAGAAAGCCGGUUGUCUGAUGGUUUUGGUGCGCUGCUACUAGGUUUAGUUUUUUGAAGAAAAAUGCCAAAAUAUAAUGGACUUGUUCGAGGUGGAAGCCGCGGUAAAAUCUCAGAUUUCUCUGAUGGCUCUGAUGGCCUCGAUGACAACGAAAUCGAAUUUUUUCUCGAUCGUGAAGAACGAGUGGUACGAAUGGAAGGCGAUGGCCUCACGGCAGGCAUGCGGCCGCGAAUAUUUUUGAAAUCAAAAUCAAAGAUGAACCUGAGCCGGAACCGAGAAUUCACUGUACAUAAAUGUUUCGAAGAUGACUUGAGUAUGGCCCUAAAUAACAAUGAAAGCAAUGGCUAUGAUACGAGACACGUUGUCGUCAGAGGAAGAGGAAGAAGUAUCUACACUAGACUGGGGUCAUAUGGACCAAAUCCAAGACAUGACUUAAGAGAUAAAUUAACCCAAGUAGUACUAGCUGAUGCCAACUGGUACAAAAUCACUAUCCCGUGGGGACAAAAGUUCGACAAAGACUUUAUUAUCAACAGUAUUUUGAACCACAUUGCGCCCGAUACUUUUGUGCCCAUCCUGUACACCCUGCAAGAAAAGUCAUCGUCCUUUUACGUAGAUGAUAGUAGUACAGCCAAAAAGUUGCUACAGUGUGAUAACAAAAUCAGACUGAACGAUUCCUUUAGAUUGCACGUCUACGUGCAGCCAGGGUAUCCGCAGUGUAAUAUCAAUGAUGAUCUUAAAGAUCGACUUGCAAAGGCGAUGACAAAAAGAUAUUGCCAAGAAAAAAAUUCUUUGGAUCUCUCGAGAUUUCAUCGUGAUCCAGAUCUGGCAGAUGACUAUUUUUGUGCCUUAUUUCAACCGUUCCUACUGACUACAGUCUUGGACAUUGCCACUGAGCACAUUCCGAAUUUACACGCGUUGAAUCUCGAAGGAAACAAGUUUCACUCGUUUGAUCGACUUAGUACACUAAAAAGACGAUUCCAGAAUCUCAAAAUUCUCCACAUUGGCGACAAUAAAAUCAAAUAUAUCAAUCAAAUUGAUCCCAUUAAGGACUUGAAACUGGAUGAACUCCGACUGAGUGGAAAUCCCUUCUGCCUUAAAUACAAUCUACGUCAAAGUGAUUACGUGAGUGACGUGCGGCAAAGGUUUCCAAAGCUUCUACGGCUGGAUUCGUUUGAACUACCUCCGCCUAUUUCAUUCGAUGUCGUCGAGGAGGGACUUAAAAUACCGUCUUCGAAAAGGAGUUUUACUCUUAAUCAGGAAGCAAAAGACAUCGCAGGUCAAUUUCUCCAACAAUACUUUUCAAUCUUUGACAACGAUAAUCGACAGAAUUUGUUAAAUGCUUAUCACGAAAAAGUUUCCUUCAGUCUCACUGUAUCUCCAGGUUUGCCUUCCAGACCAAGUGGUUAUCUGGGAGAAAGCAGAAAUCUGCUUCGAUUAAACGAUCCGAACAGACGUCGAAAAUUGUUGAAAACCGGACGAUUGUCAGUCCUCUCAGCAAUUUCCGAUAUUCCUCAAACCAGACACGACUGGGAUUCAUUCACAAUGGAUCUCUCCCUCUGCACAGAGACGUUGAUGCUUGUGACAGUCACUGGUCUCUUCAAAGAAAUCGCAACUACGGAAACUUCUUUUCGUUACUUCAACAGAGUUUUUGCAAUUGUUCCCGAGGGUACUGGUUACUGUGUUCUUAACGAACAGCUUCACGUCAGUAGUCCAACCCAAUUUCAGCACAGGCGAGCUUUGGAAAAGCAGGCCACUACCGAAGUUUCCAUAUCGCCUUCCUUAACUGAAGAUGUCAAGCAAAAAAUGACAGCAACUCUGAGUAAUGAGACGAAUAUGAAUAGGGUAUGGAGUCUCAAGUGCUUGACGGAAGUAGAAUGGAAUUACGAUAGAGCCGUUGCUGCCUUUCAAACAUUUUUCAAAGCGGGACACAUUCCGGCGGAAGCGUUUGAGAAGUGAGUUGCAAAAGAAAACCCAAAGAUGAUGAGAAAAUGAAAAAAUAGAAUAAAGGCAAAGAAAGAAGAAGCCAAUUGGGUUCCUCUGCAAAUCCAAGUAUUAUUUCGUUUGAUUAAUCUCCUGAAUUCAAGAUUAGGAUUCAGGAUUGAUCAAAAUUUCUUUUUAGUUUAGAUUUCCUUCUUUUUUGUUGAAUUUAGUACUUAUCGUACUUACCUACUUAUUUAGAUUACCUAUUCAAGUAUUGUGACAAUAUGAGCUAUUAUUGGAAAGUUUAUUCUAAUGUUUCGUUUUUUUUGUUCUUUUAAAUACGAACGAUGUAUAUUUUAAAAGGUAGAUGUUAGUUUGUGAUACCUGAUUGCUCGCGGAAUAAACCUAAAUAUUUGAAAUGUUCGACUGAUCAUUAUUAAGGCUGAAUUUCAAAGAGAUUUUGUACUUUUAUAGAGACAUGAUGUUUAGAGAGGAGUGAUACUCUACAGUAUACCAAAUGUCAAUAAUAGAAAAUGAUCAAAAUAUGAUAAGAAAUACUGUUUUCUAUACUACGAAUUUCGACAAUAUUGACUCUUGGUGUUCAAGUACAUAAAUAAUAAGUUAUUUAGUUUUUGAUCAAUGUUUGAAGAUGUUUUCGCUUUUAUUUCGUUUUCUGUUGAGGAUAUUUAAGUUUGUUUUGCGUACUUAAGAGUCAAUCAAAUUGUGAAUCUCAAGAUUAAUUCUACAUUAAAAUUAGUUAUAAAGGCAGAACUUUGUUUUGAUUUUUCAAAAAUGCUCAACAAAGUUUUUACAGAUUGAAAGCUGGUUUGAAGCAUGAAAUGAAAACAAAGUUCGCGUAGAGGAUAUAGUAAACUUUUGAAAAA